AUGUUCCCGAUAACCCUCAUAUACGCUACCUUUAUCGGUUCGGCCGUUGCGCAGUCCGUCACAAGCCUGUUCUUACCCGGAAUCAUGUCGCAAGCGCUGGUUGGGUCGGUGAUUGAUAGUAGCGGAUCAACCACGACCUAUUCUAUAGCCUGCCCUUCCGGUACUGAUGCCGAUGACUGUGGUGUCGAUGGAACCAUGAUAGCAAUUGAGGGCCCUCACACUGCUAUUUUCAAUCGUAUUGACGCUGACGAUGAGAUUGCCGCUUUUGUAUCUUGCGAUCUCGAAAAUUCACCCACGGCGACCUGUACUACCACAAUCAGCGGGCCAGGAGCUGGCCAUAACACCGGUACUUCGACCAAGACUUUUACCAACGCGUCUUCAAUGCGAAUACCGGUCACCAUCACUUCUGCCCCGUCUACCGGUACGUCGGUGUCCAUACCUGCUGCAAUAAGGACGGCAACUACUAUACCUCCAAUUACUUCUCUUGCGCUGGCGCAAUCACCGACCGGCACCACUGGAGAUGCCUACCGAAUGAAUCCAAGGAAUCACUUGACAGUUGGAGGCUUUCUCGCCGCAAUAUUGAACGUCAUUUAUUAUAUCUAA